UGCUGUAGUUCAAGUCAUCCGUCAUCCGUCAGAACAUGAGAAUGAGGUCUAACACAGUUGUGUGUGUUGCUCUGGCUGUACUUCUAUAUCUAACAGGAUCUUUUGGUCAGCAAGAUGUGUGCGGCCAAACCUCACUUAACACCAGGAUUACUGGUGGAGGGGAUGCGACUGAAGGGUUUUGGCCCUGGCACAUAAGCAUUUACAGAAUCAGGUAUAAUGCCAUUUUAUGUGGUGGGAGUCUCAUCAAUAAAGACUGGGUUUUGACUUCAGCAGGUUGCUCUAUUGAUAUAAAUAACUCCGGCAGUUCAGACAUUAUAAUCUCUUUGGGUCGUGUGAAGCAGUCUGGCCCAAACCCACAUGAGGUUAAUAGAACAGUGAGUCGUGUCAUCACACAUCCUGACACUUAUGACAAUAACAUAGCACUGCUCCGGCUCUCCUCUUCUGUGGAUUUCACUGCUUAUAUUAAACCAGUCUGUCUGGCUGCUGCUGGUAGUGAAUUUGAUCAAGGACUUCCAAGUUGGGUCACAGGAUGGGGUUUCACUAGUUCAGAUGAUGAGCCAGACACAUUACAAGAAACUGAGAUUCCAAUCGUCAGCAACUAUAAUUGCAAUAUUGCCUAUCAUGAUUUUUUCAGUAUCACAGACAACAUGAUGUGUGCUGGACUGUCAGAUGGAGGGAAAGGCUCGUGUUAUUUUGAUAAUGGAGGACCACUGGUCACUAAGCAGGGCUCUAGGUGGAUUCAGUCUGGAAUUGUAUUUCAGGAGUGUGACAUCAGUUUUCCUAGUGUGUUCACCAGACUGUCUAAAUAUCAAGACUGGAUCAACACUCAGAUAGUCAACAACCAACCUGGAUUUAUUACAUUCCCCUAUUAUCAUGAUAACACUCUUGAUCCUACUAGCUCUAUUCCUGAUAUUCCUGAUAUACCUGACAUCUUCAGUGGAAGCUCACCUGAUCUUCACUUAUUUCCCUUUUACCUCACAUUCGCCAUCAUCUCUCUCAUCUUCUGUCCAUGUUUUUAAAGGAGUAUAUUUGGUUGUGGUUAUUCAACAAAGAUUUACAUUACAUUUAUCCAUUUGGCAGACGCUUUUAUCCAAAGCAUCUUACAAGUAGGAGAGCAUAUAACAUUUUAUCAACAUGUUAAUUAGUACUGCUAGUUGACCAGGUCAUGUUGCUAGACGGAUUAAAGCUGAAGUAAGCAAGGGUCAGGGAGAAAAUGAACAACAUGAAAAACAUUUUUUUAUAGACAGGAAACAUAGACCGAGCUUGACAGUCAUUGGUUACUCAGAUAGAUGUGGAACAGGUAUUGUGAUGGAUGCUGCAGCUCGGCUGGAGGCUGGCAGGUCAUUUCACCAGAGGAACUGAAUGAGUAAAGGUUUUUGCAAGCAAUUUGGUGCCUCGUUGUGAUGGAACAAACAGGCGUCGCUCAAUUGCAGAGAGAAGAUGACGGGAUGAGAUGUCGACCUGCAGCAGGGAGUUAAGGUCAAAGGCAGAUUUUACUGUUACUGUCCUGAAGGACAAUGCCAAUGAUUUGAAUCUAAUGAAGGCGGCAACUGGCAGCCAAUUUCUAUUUUCUUAAAAAACUAAAACUUGUGGUUAAGUAGCAAAUAUGUGUUGCUUUGGAUAAAAGCAUCUGCCAAAUACAUUAGAAGAUAAAUGGUAAAAACUCUUUUAUAGACAGAAAUAAAUCGUUUUUAUACUGAACUUUUAAUAAUAAAGUUCAAACAUUUGUGUAUUUCACAAUAUAUUGUCAUUUGAUUUGGGAAAUUCUUCUCUAUCUUUCAUCUUCUCUUUGGUUAAGAACAGAUCAUUUGAGAGACUCGCUCAACUUCAGGAUCUGCAUUUCUGUACUGAGAUCUCAAAACAAUCAGUCUAUGUUGAAAUGCCAUCUAAUAUAUUUCAUGUUUUAGUUUAAGAUGUAAAAAAUUUAC